AUUGUUCAGAUUCAACACUGCGGUCCAACUAUGGGUUUGUCUACAUCUACACCUGCUGUUGCAGUUCAGACCUCAAACGCGUCAGAUCACCAGGCUACAUCCCCACCUUCAGGAUGUCCAAUGCAUGAAGGGAAAAUGAAAGGUUGUCCAGUGAGUGCAGAACCAUCUGAUUCAACCUGUGAGAGCAAAACCAACUCUGUGCCUGCCCACCAAGACCGAGCCUACGAGUAUGUGGAAUGCCCUGUUACGGGUGCUGUGGCCGAGAAUAAGAACCUAGAUCCUUCUAAUCUGAUGCCACCACCUAAUCAGACACCGGCCCCUGAUCAGCCAUUCACACUCUCUACUGUGAGGGAGGAGUCAUCUAUUCCGAGAGCUGAUUCAGAAAAGAAGUGGGUUUAUCCUUCCGAGCAGAUGUUCUGGAAUGCUAUGUUAAAGAAAGGGUGGAAGUGGAGGGACGAUGACAUCAGUCAGAAGGACAUGUAUAAUAUCAUUAGGAUCCACAAUCAGAACAACGAGCAGGCUUGGAAGGAGAUUUUGAAGUGGGAAGCCCUUCAUGCUGCGGAGUGUCCUUGUGGCCCCUCGUUGAUCCGGUUCGGAGGGAAGGCCAAAGAGUACUCACCGCGGGCAAGAAUCCGCUCCUGGAUGGGGUAUGAGUUGCCUUUCGACAGGCACGACUGGAUCAUCAACCGCUGUGGGACGGAAGUCAGAUACAUCAUUGACUACUACGACGGGGGCGAAGUCAAGCAGGACUACCAGUUCACCAUCCUGGAUGUCCGGCCCGCUUUGGAUUCGCUCUCAGCGGUGUGGGACAGGAUGAAGGUUGCCUGGUGGCGUUGGACCUCGUAGCCACUGCUUUGUUAGAAAUGGGAAAAUACAAACGAUUUUUGUUCUGAGGGAUACAUGAAACAAUUUCCCCCAAACUGAGUUGCACUCAUGAUAUACAGGGAAGAUCAAGUGGAUAAUGACCUUCCACUUCACUUAGGGAAGGAUAACAUGCACCUGCUUUUUUGAGGUCUGUUUUCACCCCCCAGUUUAUUGCAGAUCAUUACGUUUCCUUCCCACUUAACUUAAGUCCCUUCAUUUUCCCUUUAACUGUAGUAUUGCCUGCAUUAUUUAAUCUAGAAAAGUCUGAACAACCUCUGAAAAAGAACUUUCUUUAAAAUAUGAAGAGAGCCGUUUCUUUUCUUCCCAUCUUCUCUUGAAUACUUGAGAUAUAGACCUGAAAACCCAUAUGAUGCUCAGGAGAGUUUACCUGGUCAAAAUAUUUUCAUCAAAGCUGUUCAGUUAUGCCUUUUAAAGAGUCACCGGCAUUUCUAAAGUCCCUAUAAUAGAGUAGUGACCCCUGAAGAAAAUGCAAACGUUUACACUGCAGAUACACUCAGCAAAACUAAGCCGUGGCUUGGCUCACCACAUUCUCAUGCAUUUUUCAGACUGUACUUUGUUGUAGAAUAGUUUCCACACCCCCAUGAUUUGAUGGUGCAUGUGCAUUAGAAUAUAUGUUUUUACCUUGUAAUUUUUAUUUUAAUUUCCAUCGUUCUGAUAUGUAACUGCUCCCAACAAGCAGGUCUUAUUGUCCCUGGUGUUUGACAAGUCAUCCCACUUUGUGUCCUAUUCCUUGUGCCUGAAGCCUUCCCUGCAGGUGGCCUAAUCUGAACCUUGAAGAUCUAGCUCGAGUUGCAGUGUUAAGGAUGGUCCCCUUCUCAACGUGACUGUAUUUUGUUGAGUGUUAGAAUUCACAAAGUAUUCUUCCCAAACGUACAAUGUUUGCAUCAUCUCCCUUCCUUAGUUCAGAUUUUUUGAAGGGAGCACUAAGUUUGCCAGUGAAAUUCUUGGUACCAGUAAUCUGUUAACUGGUUGUUCCUCUUAGAGUAGCAUGUUACAAAUGACUGUUGGGGUUUUUUGUUGUUGAUGAUAUUAACUCUUUUCAUUUCUCCUAAAUACUGGAUUGUUAAACUAUCAGAUGGAAUUAGCAGUCUGGAGUGAUUAAUUUGGUGCAAAUUUCUUUGUUGUGACAGCUUUGCAUGGAGUUUUGUAAAUCUAACCUUAAGUUCUUCUACAUUUCAAAGUAUUUGUAUAUUUUCAAAUAAAAUAAAGCUGAUAGUUAACAGGCUUUCAGAACCUCUUAAGAGUAACUUUACACUUGAUAAUCAUUUCUUCUAACAUUUAUAGAAAUAAUGCAGUCUCCCGGCUAGGGGCAGCCAUCUUUCUCGUCGGCUAAUCAGAGUUUUACAGGCACACCUCAGAGAUCUGCAGGCUUGGUUCCCCACCACCAUAGUAAAGGAAUAGAACAAGUGAACUCUAAUCUUUUUUCUGGGAGA